AUGCGCAAUCCACAAAAUGAAAUUUUUGAUCUCCGUUUCGGAAUCGUAAUAAGGAUUUCUCAAUCGGUUUAUCGCUGUUUUUGCUCUAUAUUUCUAAAAUGAAUAAAUCUUUAGAUGCGUUGGUUUGAGUAAUUGAAAAAGUUAGGGGAAUAGUUCGUAUCGACAGUAACCUGUGCGCCUUUUUGUCCGCUGAAGUGGUGAAUCUUUCACGUUUCAUCGAGUUCUCGGCUCUCCCAUCUUUUCAUCUAAUUUUAUCAGCGUACUCAGGCACUGACGGCGCGUGUUUGUUGCCAAAAGUGCGCAUGCGCGCCGCCUGCUGCGCGCACGCGCGGGGUGUCUCUUUUGUUUUUUAGCUUUUUAACUUAUUGAAAAGUUAUAAAUUUAAUAUUUUUCAUGUCUGUUCAUCUCUUAACAUUGCUCUGCACCAGUUUAUAACAAUUAGAUUGCACAAAAAUGUGAAAUAUCAAAGUUUCACUUGGCAACUUUUUUUCAUAAAUUUGUUCGAAAGUGCUCGGAACAACUUUAAAACGUGAGCAGGGGCACUGGGUAAUAUCACAAAAAUAUGAAAAAUAUAUUUCAAAACCUUAUUUCAGUGGAAAAGGCGAAAAAAGAAUCAGUACCCCCGCGCGUGCGCGCACCAGUGCCUGAGUAAUUCUAACCAAUCAGUAUACUGUUUCAAAUUCUCAUUCAGGUCAGUUUGGUUGGUUCUUCUCAUGAACACACAGUCUUCACAAAAAGGAGCAGAGGAUAUGAGAAGAUGAUCGAAGAAUUCGCCACUAUAAACGAGCUGGAAGAGCAGGCCGGUCCCUCUGAUCACACCGACGCCAGGCUCAAGCUUCUCGCUCAGGUAACCGGGGUCUCACAUUAUCUCCCAAGAACUCAUUUUCGUUUAUGGAUACAAAAACCUGAAAUAAGUAAGUUGGAAAAGAAGGAGAAUUUUUCCGCCUCGGUAAAUAAACUUUUGCAGUGAUUUUCAAACGUCUCUAAAAAAAUCUUUCUGACUCAUCACGCAGUGAGCUGAAUCAAAGUGUUAAUAACGAAAACAAUGAUCCGAUAGAAGAUAUUCCCGCUCUUAAAAACUGCAACAGCUGGCGUUUUUGACUCGUGUUUCGCCCCCAUCACAACGAUGCCGAAGUACUUUUUACAUUUGCUUCCAAGAUACUUAAUAUUGAAAAUUGAUUCAAAUAGAAAGUUCUCAAAUUUUAUAUGCUACAAAAACUCUUUCUUUCUUUAAAUCUUGAUAUAUUUGUGUUUACAUAAAUGAAAAAGCAAACCUAAUUCUUCCGGUCACUUGAGUUUCCUUCUAGAAUACUUGGUUAUAUUAAAAAAUUUGAACUCAGCUCCCGUUGAUUUUAACAUUUUUCUGUUAUUUGCCAACUUAAAACUUCAAAAUUGAAUGAAGUGUUUUUUUUUCUUCUGACCUUGACCUGCGGCACUUGAAGUUUGAAAAACAAUUGGAUUGACUCAAAUUUUAUUUGGCCAUAAUUUUUCUGAUUGAUUCACGGGAUUUGUUAAGAAUCUUUUUAAAAAUGCAGGAAGUUUUUUAAAAUUGUUUUUAAUGACUGAGGGUUUUUCUAAAUUCUUUUUUGUUCUUUACCUAAGAAAAGUUUAGACUAGCUCAUUCGAAGCUCCUAAUUUCAUUUUUCGUCAAAGUGAAAUCAGCCUUUUCUUUCAAGUUGUAAGCACUCUGAGAAAAAUCCUUGCAGAUAUGGGGAACAUGGAUAGAUAUAAAACAUUAUCUUCUUUUUAAAGAAGAAAUUGAUUUUGUCUUUCUGAGUUAUCCUCCAACUUCUGAAGAAUAAAAUCUCGUCGAUUAUUUUUGGUUUUUGGCGUUCGUUGUGCUCCCACGAUGCUGAAAAGUCGCUGCUCAUUCAGUUUUUUGGCGCGUUGGAGCCAUUUACGAAAAGAAGUGAAGUGUGAAAGUGUGAAGGAGACCCGCGCGAUUCUUCUUUUUCGUCCAUCUUUGGCUCUCAAGUCUGUUCGGUUCGCGUUGAAUCCACAGGCUCCAAGUUUAGUUUCAAAACGUUUGGAGCUCGGAUUCAGCACACGUGGAAAUGGAUUUCAAAUUUCGCUCACAAAUUAGAUUCUUCAGGUUGUAGUUUUCUGAGCGCAAAACCCUUUUCGGUUGAAUGAAUCCCAGACUGAAAAUUCGGCGCAUUUUGACUCGAAUGCCCAAUUGAUGGCCUUUUUCACGUCUCUAUGUUUCUAUUUGAGUCCAACCUGUUUUCAGAAGGGAAAAAGGGAAUCAGCCAGCGCUAGAACGGCAAAAAAAAUUGUCGAGACAAUUAAAAGUUCCGUUUUCUUUCUUUGUCGACCAGUAAAUUGCGACAUGCCAGAAACUUACAUUUCAAGGCUUUCUUAUUCUGUGUCCAUUUUCGAAAGCUUUUUCGAUGGAUGUUUUCCGAAAUUCUAAAGGAUAUGCGGCAUUUUUUCUAACCAAGGUGAAAAAGAAGGAUUUGUCGUGGUAGUCAUAGAGAUUUUUCUAUGAAUUCGUAUCUCAGAUAUUCUUCCCGUUUUGUUUUCAAAGCGUUCUUCGAUUCCUGAUUUCUUAAAAUCAUCGCUUUUUUUUUAAAAUAUUUCUUAUGUGAAAAAAAGGGCACGGAAGAAAAAUUGAAUGAGAAGCUAACUGUUCCGAGAAAAUAAAAUGUGUAGGCGAUUCACAAAUUCCGUUUUGACUAUACACAAGUAGUGGAUACUCUUGAAAAACGAUUAAGCUCGGCAUUUUGUUGAUGAGAAAAUGGAAGCAGUCGCCUUCCAAGACCUCAUGCGAAAAUUGCCUCGGCGGCUUUUCUUUUCACUUCUUUUUGGCAUUGUUCGAAAUCCGGCUACAGCCAUAUUUCAGCCAUCAUUUUCUUUGUUAUUUUCGCAUACGUGGGCACAAAAAUGGCUCUCGCGUUCAAAACUUACAAAGUUGAAGUUCGAGUAAUCAUUUUGCUCAUUUCCGAAUUUUUUCAUCUUAUGUCUUUUUUUUCUUUCAUACCAGUUUUCUGAGCUGUGCAAAAGAGCGCGAAAAUCUUAGAAUCAUCAACUUUGAAGGAUGCUUUUGUUGCAAGAUGGUCCGCUUUUUUUUUCAAAAAUUUGUUUGUGAAAAUCGCAUUUUUAAUUUUUUUUUUUCCUUUUUAACUGUCAACGUUUCUUGGAAAAAAAAUAAGGGAAUACUGAUAACGAUUUGAACUCCUUGUGGAUUGAAACUACUUCGAAGAGAAAGUUGUUGGAUCAUCAAAAUGUUUUUUCUUCAGAAGUUCAGAAAUCUUCGCGCGUCGAUGACGUCGACAGGAUCGAGUAUGGCUGCAAUCCGACAGUUCGGCACCGCCAGACUCACCCCAGGCAGAACUCCCGGCAGACAGCUCGACCAGCCCGAGCCUAUGAUUGGUUGAAACUUUUUUGAUCCCCCAUCAUAAAUCCGUUUUGCAUGUCCAGGCGUUCGCAAGUUUUCGAUAUGAUUGAGGCAUCUAGAAAAAUUUUUCGAGUCGACAAUUGAAGGCAGCUUCUCAACAUUUUUUGAAACAAAUUAUUUAAAUGAUGAAUAUAUGGUAUAAGUUACAGGCCAAAAACGAAAAUUUCUUUUUCAAACACACAAACUUAAUUUUUCAUUUGUUAUACGGCGACGAUCCUAUAAAUUAACUGAAACAAGCUUCAAUAAAGUCAACAUGUUAGCGGAUUGAUCAAUGAGAAAAAAUGUAUGACUCUAAAAUAAAAUCGUAAAAGGCUUCGAGGGUUUUUUGUAUUUUUGUAUGUUGUUUUGAAACAGCUCUCUUGUGUUGAAUAAUUGAUUCCUCAAGACAUGUUGCAAGACAUUUGUUUCAGCUAUCGCCCUCUCGGACAUGGAGUACCUGAUGCGGACAGCUCGGUCAGGACGCGGCAGUGGAAGGUGAGUAAGUGGUCGGCGCCGCAAUUUUCUCUCACACCUGGAUGAAAAGCAGCUCGUAAGCUUAAACAAUGCAAAACACGUAAUCUUCGCUUUCCUCUGUCCUAUUUUGGGUAUUCCAUCCAAAUCUUUUCUAUUUUCUGGAAUAUGACAUUCGCUGGGUUCGACAACAGAGCUUUUUUGUGAGAUUCUCAUCAUCUCAGUACAGUGCCGAUCAUAAAUAGAGGAACUAAAGAUGUUUCGGAUCAUCUAUUUUCUUCUAACUAGAAAAGUUCUGAAAGUUUGUAAACAGUUUUUUAUUCUGCGUUUCUCCCAAAAAAUUGACGUCGGAUUCAAUUGCUUGAAUGAUUUCGAUUCGUUGUCUGUAACUUGGUCUAUAGCAGAGAGUUACAUCUUCCAAAAAAUGAGAGCGCGAAAUUUGAGAGUACUCGAAGUAUUGAAAAAGAUUUUACUUCUUGGAAUAGGGAACUUUCUGAGCGGGGCUGUAUAUACAGCACGACUUCUAGUUAAUUCUCAAAUUCAGGACGGAGCGACAGGCAGGAUGUACGUGCUGCUGCCACAUCGUCUCAGGCGUCAACGUCAUCCCCAGAAGCGCCCGUUUCACGACCCUCGGCGGCCUGUCAACUCACACACUCAUGAACAGCACUGAGGGUGAAUUCUCCUGAGGAUCGUGACCGACGUCUUUUCAGCGAGAAUCGCCGUCAAAAUCACCUGCUCCGACAACAAUAUGUAUCGCGUGACGCCGGUCUACGCCACCGUCGAGCCUGGACAAUCCUUGCCGCUUCAUGUUUCGAUUGAAACUGCUCAGAUCUUCUCAUUUGUUUUAUUUUGCAGAUAGCAAGGGUGAAAAGCGAACUUAUCAAGAGAGACCGUCUUUGCGUAAACGUCAUCGAAGCCGAAGGAUCCAAAGACGCCCGAGAGUCUUUCAAGGUUUUCUCACGCCUUUGUCCUAUUUAAGGACUCUGUGACUUCAGAAGUGCUCAGCACGACCAGCAGUUAUCAACUUGGCACUCGAUGUGCGAGAGAGCGAUGAACCACAACUUUGA